AUGGGCUUGCAGACGGUGGGAAGCAUCAGGCGACAGUUCAACACCCAGCAGGCGCUUGGCCUGGUAACAGGCGUCAACGCCGACUCCGACCAGUUCCAUGUCGACUUCAAGGAGGUGCAAAGCCCCGAAUGGAAGGCUGCGCUCAUAGCGAUGGCGCUCUUCCUUGACUACUGCUACUUCGUGAAGGGCGGCCAGUCCGCGCGGAGGGAGAGCGCUUUAGGGAGGGCUGCGCAGAUUGAGCGCCGCUGGGAGAACGACCGCUGA